AGUAGGAGAGAGCUAAUUCCUUGAAAGAACAGUUGAUGGAUUUGCAGAAACACGGGCGGAAUUGAGAGAGUUCAGGCUGUCACAGACUUUCCGCAAAGGGGCUGAAUCAGAACAAUUAUUAGAAAAAUACAGAAUUUCAGGAAAGAGUUCAGGAUCAACCAGUCUUCAUGAAGAAAAGGAGUAAAGGACAUCGUGGAGUAUCCACAAUGAAAUUCUCAGCGUUAUUAAAUGUUCAGGUCUUCCAACUUGUUUCAGUGUUCCAUCUGUGUGUGGUGUGGGGAGGAGAACUAUUCGCCAGACCUUUUACUAUCACUAAUGCUCCAGCAGGAGAACGGGUGCUGUUCCCGAUUCAGUCCCAAGGCAGAGAAGAUCAGUGUAAUGUCACAUUCAUAUCAAAAUUUCCACGGACCUUUGAGAUUUUAGAAUGGAAGUCAAAUAAUCCAGAGAAGUUACACAUUGUGUACCCACUGUAUCGACACAGAAUUGGAAUCGACAGAAAGUCUGUCAUUUUGUACAAUGUACAGGUUAAUGACACUGGGGAAUAUGAAAUGCAUAUUGAUGGCUGUGGAACGAAGUUGAAAAGACAUGACAGAAGUGGUUCCGAGAUGAAAGUUUUGGUAUUUCACUUGUUUGUGGUGUGUCGAGAUGCACUCCUAGCCAGACCUGAUACCACCACAAACGCUAAAGCAGGGGAACAGGUCCAAUUCCCGGCGCACCACCAGAGCAAUGAUUCAUACGAUGUAACGUUUGGAUUGAAAUUUCCACGGGCCUUUAAGAUCUUAACAUGGAAAUCCAAUCAUCCAGAGAAACUGUACAUUGUGCACCCACUGUACCGGCACAGAGUUGGAUUUCAGAGAGAUUAUGUGGUGCUGAAUGGUGUACAAGUGAAUGACACAGGGGAAUAUGAAAUACAUAUUGACUACUAUGGAACAGAACUGAGAAACCGUGGUCACAGUAUUUUCAUGAUGCAUGUAAUUGAACCGGUUUCCCAGCCUAUGACAGCAAUUAAUGGUAACUGUGUGAAUUCACCAAAUAUCAGUUUGAGCUGCUCUGUCUCCAAAGGAUCAAAUAUCACGAUUCACUGGGAGAAGGUGUCCAUGUCUGGAGUUCUCAAUGAGACAUAUGAUGGGAGUGUGCUUGCAAUAGACUGUGCGCAUGAAGAGGAGCAACAUGAAUAUAGAUGUAUUGUUAAAAAUCCAGUCAGUAAUGCAACCAGCAACGGAGUGACUAUUGGCCCAUAUCACAGGACCAAUGCAAAAGAUCAAAGAACAUGUCUGAUGGUCCUAGUCCCUCUGGCGAUAGUCAUUGUGGUUUCUGCCAGUGUGCACCUCUGGAAUAAUCACCGCUCAUAAAAUGAAAGCCCAGAUUUCAACUGGAAAUAUCCAUUGGAAAUUACAAAAGGUUGAUUGUGUGUCUCAUCAUUUGCAGGAUACCUCUAUCAAAAUAAUGCGGGGCAUUUGCGGGAUACUAUCUACCUAAUAGUCUUGCUUAAACAUGGUGUGCAUUACUUCCACACAUUGAAUAAAUCACCUGGGAUUUUGAUUGUUAAGGAUGCAUUUUCUGUUUUUGUAAAAAUGAAUGUAAAGCAAGAAUUUAAAAUCUUGCAAGAAUGAAACAUUUUUUCUGAACUUUUCCUUAAAGUGUACAAUAAUUGUUGUCAAUGAGGAAUGUUGCAAAUUAAUGUGUCUACAUAAAUUCCUAGGUUGAAGACCAUCUUUAAAACCACUGCCAUUUUUAUAUUUGAAUAUUGUUGAACACUGAAAUAUGUGUAUUGGGUGCAUCCUUUUUUUACUUGUACAAACUAAGAUAUUUUACUUUUUUAUGAUCCAUAAUUUAACAAAGUGAAUUUGUUUUCAAUUCAAAAGAAUGAAUGUUGGUCAUUUAGUUUGAUUUCUUAAGUAAUUUAUGGUCAUUUGAUACCACCUUUCCAAAUGAAGACAUUAGUUUUUCCUGUGACUGUGACUGAAUAGACUGGUGGAAUACUAAUUAAAUCAGACUACUACAUCCUCAGAUUUAAAUCUGUGCAGAAUCAGACUGGCGGUAAUGGAGUGACUAACUGUUCAGAAAGGAGACCUAAAUUCUACUGAAGCCAUGAUGGAAUAGACCAGGGGUGGGGAACCUGCGGCCUUGAGGCCUCAUGUGUGUGGCCUUUUGAAUGAACCCAAAUUUUGCAGAAAAAAAUCUUUUAUUUUUUUAUCGAUUUUUUUUUUCAUCCUUUAUUAUUUUAUGUUAAUCUUAAAAUGAAUGUUUUUAAAAUACCAGAGAGUAAAAGAAAAUUCAUUGAAAUAAUUCCCACUUAUUGCUGCGAAUCUACAUUCUCCUACUUAACCAAAAUCAAGAAGCCCUUAAGGUCACAGAUGAUGGAUACCCAUUUAGAGGAUCAGCUAAAACUGCAGACCUCCAUGCUGCAACCAAAUAUUCAAAUGCUUUCCUACAAAAAGCAGGCACAAAGUAAUUAAAAGGUUAGUUAACUUUAGAAUUAAUUUUUUUUUCUUUGUUUUAGUUAGUACAUAGUAGUUAGAAUUUUCCAAAAUAAUGUGAAUUUUGAAGAAUAUAUAAUUGAAGUUUCUUGGAUGUAGCCUUAUUAGAUUACAACUAACAUAAUGCGACCUUCCAACACGAGAAGGUUCCCCACCUCUGUAACAGACAAUUUAAUACUUUCAUGCACUACCUGCAAAUUUUAAAUCAAAAUCUUUUGUAAUGUAAUUUUACAUUUUUAUAAAUUAAUAGUUUUGUGAAAAUAUGUCUUGGAAUU